AAUUGUGUGCCAUCAUUAAUGCUGACGUUUAAUUGAAAUGAUGUUGGUAUAAUAUGUAAUUUUUAUUUCUCAUUUUAGUUGAAUAGGAUUCAAAUUGUUUAGAACAAUUAUUAUUUUAUAAUAAUAAUCAUGAUAAUCUUUUAUUAAUCAAACAGAAUUAUUUUUAUAUAUAAUUUAACUAUGUCAUUAUUUUUGCCUUGUAUAAAAUUAUGGUUUACAAUAUUAGUUUCAAUAAUUGGUAUUGUUAUCAUUCAGAGUAUAUUAGCAAGUUUUCCAAGGGUAAAUCAAAAUGUAUUGUCAUUUCAUAUAUUUCUUAAUAAUUGCCUUGGAUAUUGCUUAGUGUUGGUACCAGGUUAUUGGCUUUGCAAAUUCACUAGGUCAUAUGAUUUAGGAGAUGACAGUAAAGCAAAAAAAUUAUUGAAGUUCAUUUUUUAUGAACGUUCAAGUAAUCCAUCUGAUAAUUUCAAACAAGAUCUUAUUCAAGAUAUUCACAAUACUAACACUUUUAAAAAUGAUUUAUUUACUUUUAUUUAUUGUUUUGGUGGAUUGCAAGCAUCAUACUUAGUGUGGGGAGUACUUCAAGAAAAAAUGAUGUCAGAAUCUUAUGGCUCAAGUGAUAAUUCAAAAUUUGUUGAUGCUCAAAUGUUAGUAUUUUUAAAUAGAGGGCUUUCAACUAUAUUGUCUGCUAUAGUUUUAUUGAUGAAUGAAGGAAUUAGUUCUAAAAAUCCUCCACCAUUUUACAAAUACAGUUAUUGCACUUUGUCUAAUAUUAUAAGUUCAUGGUGUCAAUAUGAAGCACUUAAGUAUGUUAGUUUCCCAACUCAGGUAAUUAUCUGUUGAAAAAAAUGGUUAUUA